UGUUUAAUAAAGUUUAAAUAAAGUUUAAUAAAGUUUAAAUAAAGUUUAAGUGAAGAUGUCUGCGGACCUGGAUCAGACUCCUCGCUCUCUGCUGGUCUGGGAUCGGUCCAGUUUCCUGGACGAGAAGAACCGGUUGAGUUCUCAGGUGGAGCAGCUGCACUUCAACUACAAGGUGUCUGUGCUGCUGCCCGAAUGUAGCUCCGCCCCCGAUCACCUGGACGCUGUAUUAAACAGUUUCAGCAGUUUCUAUCUGAUCAGGAAGCUGCCGAUAUAUGAACUGCUGGAUAAACAUUUCCUGGAGACCGCCGUGUACCAGGGUAGCGUGUAUGGAAUGUCGUACAGGACCAGGAUAGAUGAAGAUACCUGUGUCGCUCUGAUGCCAAACGGCCACCUGUCUCUCUCUCUGGAUAAAGACUCCUUUGAGUUGUUGGGAGUUGAAGGAAAACCAUCCAGAUACAACCACAGAACAAACUGCAGAUAUGUAGUAACCGUGGAUCUGACUGACAGCAGCAUGGCUCCUGGUGGGCGGGGCUACCAGAGACUCCUCACGGGUCUGAGGUCACGACUUCAACUGAAGACCGACUUCCUGCUGUCACAUCAUCCAGGGGGCGGUGACGCUCUGCAGGCACUCCUGUCUCGUUACAAUUGGUCGGAGCACAGACCGGAGGUCUGCAGUCGCACCCUGACGGACCUGCCCUGCCCUGCCCUGCUGACCUCAGACCUCCUGACCUCUGACCCUCACAGCUUCCUGGAAUGGAUUGGAGCUGUGGACGCCGGCGUCAGCUGUGAGAACUCAUCCAGCAGCUUCCUGUCCUCGCUAGUCUGUCCUGAGCCAAAGACCACGUUGAGUCAAGCUCUGAUCGUCUCCAUCUGUGGACUGCUGCUCCCCCAGGACCUCCACCGGCUGAUCCACCAGACCAGGGGUUACCUGGAGCAGCCUCGGCUGGAGUCCUGGGCGUCCCUGACAGUUCAUGGUUUUGCUGACAGUCCGGUGUCGUGGGGGUGCAGUGAACACGGAGUUCUGAGAGGAGGAGAGAACUUCUACAGUCUGCUGAUGUUCCACGACCACACCUACCACCUUCACCUGGCUGCAGGAGCAAAUGACACAUGUCCACCAUGAUGUCAUCCGCUGAGGUACUUCACAAAUGCAGAAACCUCAACACAGGGAAAGGAUGCAUUAUUGGCAGAGGUCAUGAAGAUGGAGGAAGUGAUGAGGAAGACCAGGGAAACAGCCUCUGAGCCAGCAGAGGGGACUUCUUCCACCUCAGAGCCAACAAAGAAGACCUCAUGGGUAGAGGCUACAAGCAAGAGCAAACUUGGAAGCAUUUUUGAUGAAAUCCUGGAGGAAAGUGCACCUGGUCCGGAGUCAACCACCACAAAUGUACGUGUUGAAGUGCAGACCUACUUCAGCGAGCCAACUAUUCCGCGUUCGGACAAUCCACUGCUGUAUUGGAAGAUCAACCAACCUAGACUGCCCUCCUUGGCAGUAACGGCAACUAAAUAUCUCUGUGCACCUUCAACAAGAGUGGAGAGCGAGAGGCUCUUCAGCACAGCCUCCAUUAGUAUUGAUGAAAGAAGGAGCAGCAGACUGACAGCUGAAAAGGCUGAAAUGUUAAUAUUUCUGAAGAAGAAUCUGCCCUUCAUGUUGAAGUGCCAAAUGAAUGUCAGAAAGGAAUGUAAAAGUGUUUGUGACAGUUAUUUAAAGUUCGCAGUUAUUUAAAGCAGCUAUAUGUCUUCAAUGAAACACUGGAAUUGAGUUCAUUCUAUAUCUAGAUUGAUAUCAACCCCAGAGGUUACAUGUGAAAGAAGAAACAUUCAAGUUUGUAGUUUGCACUGAUCUGAAGUUUAAAUAAAGAGCUUAUGGGCCAUUUUAUUUCUUCUGUUAGGGGAGCAGAAUAUUUGUUGCACAGUUUGAACAUGGUGUUUUUUUAGAUGUCCACAUUAAGCAAAGUACAUCUAUACAAGUUAUAUGUAUUAUUCACAGCUUAACGGAGGAGAAAAGAAGGUAUCGGGAUGAUAUCGGUAUCGAGCCAUCCCUAGUUUUAACCAGGGGUCUGUUUGUUCUGGAGAGGAGGAGAUCUGUGGGUCACUGCAAUGACACCAAUGGUGGUGAAGACAACAACUCCCAUGAUCCCACACUGCUUCACCACAUCAUCACACUUCCUCUACUGUUAAUGUUUUAGUGGCAGAAUGAAAAGAUUUCAUUUGAUAAAGAAUAUUUUGUAGAAAGUUUUUCAGUUUCGUGUUCAACCUCACUUUUGUAAAAUAAAUAAAAAAUAAAUAACUCUAAACAAAAACUCAUCUGA